UCUAUUCCAGCUCCUACAGGACACAUCUGCCUCCGGGAUUUGCUCCUCGCUUGGGGGGUGAUAUCCAAGUGCUCCUGGGAUAGUUUCCAGAAGCUAAGCAGUCGUGGGGGCUGGGCCGAUGGGUGGGGUCGCAGCGUCGUGACUGUGCCCGCCCAGCCACGCGGGGAGGCACCCCUAGUGACAGCCCCAAAGGCCACACCCUCGGUCCGGCCAGGCCCCGCCCCCGCCCGUGCGCGCUGGCAGCCUGGGGAGGCGUGUGCUGCUUCUGCAGCCAGCUAGAGAGCAAGACUGGGAUGGAUACUGGAGAAGGAAUGCAGGCUUAACAAGUGAUCGCUGCUGUCUAGGAUUUUGAGUCUUUUUCGGAGAACCUUGACUUCCGUUCCCAGCCCAGGUCUGCUGUGCGGAACUCCAGAGGAACCAGAAAUCUCCGGGGUCUACCUUGGGGCGUCCCCAGUCUCCACCUCUGGGUUCCAAUAACGAGGACUCCGUGACACCCCCUACUCCUCGGCCAAGGAGAUUGAACUUGUUCCGAGGAUAUUUGGGAUCCUCCACCUGCCAAACCCGAGUGAUUUUUUUGUACUGCGCUCCCACCCCCAGUGAUUCUGCCCCUCCUCCAGCUGUUGCAGCUUGGAAAGGGGAAACAAAUCACCGGGGGGUAUUUUUUUUUCUUUCUAUUUUUAUCUUUUCGCACUUGCUGGGAAUGGUGAAGUGCUUCUUCUGAGUGAUUCUAGCCAAAGGACGCUCUUCGUUUCCUGCUUUUUAUGGAGACCUCAGUGUUGAGUUUGCCUCUGCUGGAACCUCAUCUACCACCUUCUCUACCUUCCGAGGUCUUUACCUCUAUCUACAACCUGGCAUUGUCUGUGGGUCCAUGAAGGCUUUGAUGACCUUAGAGGGAAGGUCUGGGAGUCCGUCCUCAUAGACUGAGCAGCAAUGGCUGGGCAUAUUUUAAGCCACGCUUUAACAUGGGUCAAGCCAUCAGUAGAAGGCAAGUGCUAAGACUAAAGACUUAUUUGCAUUUUAUUUAAAUUAGAUGGACUGGGCUUUGGACAAUUUCCAUGCAAGAAAAAGUAUAUUUCAUUUUCUAGGCACAACUUCUGACUGUCAGAUUCUUGCUGUCUUUGAGUCUUGUAGCGUCAUCAGCAGACCGCAUCCCAGACAGACUUCCAGAUUUGAACAUCUACCCCCCAAAACGUAGGUGUUUGGGAGACCACAUCAUUUCAUGACUUAUGUUUAAGGAACACUAGGCUGUUGUCUAGACUAGGCAAGCUCUGGAAAGCAACGCUGAGUCUCUGAGAAGAGGGAGCAUGGGGUGUGCUGAUUUAAAAACAGAAAAUGCAAAGUUGGACUGAAAAUAUCCCAAGUCUUCUAAGCAAUCUGCUUAAGGCUUCCAAACUUACCUUAAUUUGGUAAGAAAAUAAGCUGCCCUAUUUUUCUUUCUUCUUUUCUUACAACUGGAAGCAGCCAUUUUCCCAAACUACCACCAUGGAGGUGGCGAUGGUGAGCGCUGAGAGCUCAGGGUGCAACAGCCAUAUGCCUUAUGGUUAUGCAGCCCAAGCCAGGGCCCGAGAGCGGGAGAGACUUGCUCACUCCAGGGCGGCCGCAGCUGCUGCUGUCGCAGCUGCCACUGCUGCUGUCGAAGGCACUGGGGGCUCUGGUGGAGGCCCCCACCAUCAUCAUCAGACACGUGGGGCCUACUCCUCCCAUGAUCCUCAAGGCAGCCGAGGUAGUCGGAGGAGGAGGCGUCAGCGAACCGAGAAGAAGAAACUCCACCACAGGCAGAGCAGUUUUCCUCAUUGCUCAGACCUGAUGCCCAGUGGCUCUGAAGAGAAGAUCCUGAGAGAGCUGAGCGAGGAAGAGGAAGAGGAGGAGGAGGAAGAGGAGGAGGAGGAGGAGGGAAGGUUUUACUAUAGUGAGGAUGACCAUGGGGAUGGGUGUUCCUACACAGACCUGCUGCCACAGGAUGAUGGGGGUGGGGGUGGCUACAGUUCAGUCCGCUACAGUGACUGCUGUGAACGCGUGGUGAUAAACGUGUCUGGUCUACGCUUCGAAACCCAAAUGAAAACCUUGGCCCAGUUCCCAGAAACUCUGUUGGGAGACCCUGAGAAAAGGACUCAGUACUUCGACCCUUUGCGCAAUGAGUAUUUUUUCGAUCGGAACCGACCCAGCUUUGAUGCCAUUUUGUAUUAUUACCAGUCGGGAGGCCGCCUGAAGAGACCAGUCAAUGUCCCCUUUGAUAUCUUCACCGAGGAGGUGAAGUUCUAUCAGUUGGGAGAGGAAGCCCUGCUCAAGUUCCGGGAGGAUGAGGGCUUUGUGAGAGAAGAAGAGGACAGGGCUCUGCCAGAAAAUGAAUUUAAAAAACAGAUUUGGCUUCUCUUUGAAUAUCCAGAAAGUUCUAGCCCUGCCAGGGGCAUAGCCAUCGUAUCUGUCCUGGUCAUCUUAAUCUCUAUUGUCAUAUUUUGCCUGGAAACCUUGCCUGAGUUCAGGGAUGACAGAGACCUCAUCAUGGCCCUCAGUACAGGCGGGCACAGCAGACUGCUGAAUGACACCUCGGCACCCCACCUGGAGAACUCAGGGCACACAAUAUUCAAUGACCCUUUCUUCAUCGUGGAGACAGUGUGUAUUGUGUGGUUUUCCUUCGAGUUUGUGGUUCGAUGCUUUGCUUGUCCCAGCCAAGCACUCUUCUUCAAAAAUAUCAUGAACAUCAUUGAUAUCGUCUCCAUUUUGCCUUACUUCAUCACUCUGGGCACCGAUCUGGCCCAGCAGCAGGGGGGUGGCAACGGCCAGCAGCAGCAGGCCAUGUCCUUUGCCAUCCUCAGGAUCAUCCGCCUGGUCCGAGUAUUCCGGAUCUUCAAGCUCUCCAGACACUCCAAAGGCCUGCAGAUCCUGGGCCACACCCUAAGAGCCAGCAUGCGGGAACUGGGCCUUCUUAUCUUUUUCCUCUUCAUUGGGGUCAUCCUCUUUUCCAGCGCUGUGUAUUUUGCAGAGGCGGAUGAACCCACCACCCAUUUCCAAAGCAUUCCAGAUGCGUUUUGGUGGGCUGUGGUAACCAUGACAACUGUGGGCUAUGGGGACAUGAAGCCCAUCACAGUGGGGGGAAAGAUUGUGGGCUCCCUGUGCGCCAUUGCCGGUGUCUUGACCAUUGCUUUGCCUGUGCCAGUGAUUGUGUCUAACUUUAACUAUUUCUACCACAGAGAGACUGAAAAUGAAGAACAGACCCAGCUGACACAAAACGCAGUCAGUUGCCCAUACCUACCUUCUAAUUUGCUCAAGAAAUUUCGGAGCUCCACUUCUUCUUCCCUGGGGGAUAAAUCAGAGUAUCUAGAGAUGGAGGAAGGGGUCAAGGAGUCCUUAUGUGGAAAGGAAGAGAAGUGUCAGGGAAAGGCGGAUGACAGUGAGACAGAUAAAAACAACUGUUCUAAUGCAAAGGCCGUGGAGACUGAUGUGUGAAUCGCUUUCUCCACCUGCCACUGCCCCCCAUCUCCAAAUAUAUUCAUACAUAGAGAAUGCAGUUAUGAAAAUGAUAUAUGCAAACGAUUGCACUGCAUACAGUAAUACGCUGUUUAAUGGUAAUACAUGGCAUAAUUGUGACUAAGCGUGUAUUGCAUAUCAAAUAAAUGAUACAUCUUGGAGAAGAGGGAGGCAUUAAAAACAGCAGAUCUAUCUUUAUAUUUUUUAAUAGAAUGCAAGAAUUUUGCACACAAUGGGAAAAUAUUAAUAGUAAAGGUGGUCCCGAGGAGAGUGAGUGUGUGUGAGAGAGCGAGAGAGUGAGUGUGCACUCGGGUGUGUAAGUAAAUUGUCAACACUGUUGGGAAUUGUGCUGUGAUGGGGAAAGUUGGCAUUCUGAAGUAUUUACUAUGUAAGAACUAACGAGUUGGAGCAGUCUUUUACCAGUGUUUUAAUAACAUCUCCUAUGUCUUUGGAUUCUGUAGUUGUUUUUUAGAAAUUGUAAGAAUUACUGUGUAGAAAAAAGAGAAAGUAAAUUAUUUAAUAGAAUAUAGGUCACAAUUUAAUCUUGGAUUUAAUUAAAGUUUAUUUUUAACUGGAAAUUAACUUUUGAAAAGGCUGCAGGGGCCUUUAGAAAUUGAUUAUAUUUUAUUAUUAAUUUUGGGGAGAUAUAAUAGCAAAUGCCUAACAUUCUGGAGGAAAUGUAACAAGUUUUGUUCACAGGUCUUAAGACUGGAAUUUUUUUUUCCUUUUUGCACUACUUUCUAUUCUGAAGCCCGAGAGAGACUUCAUACUGUGAAUGUUUACUAAUGCACCCAUCAGUUCAAUGACAAUCAUUGGAAGAAUGGUUUCUUCGUCUCAUUUAUUGUUGUUUUCCUUUUGUGAGACUAAUGGCCACACAAGUAAGAGCACAUGAUUCCUGCUUUAAAAUCUGAACAACUGAUCUACAAAAGGGACCGUGAAGUAACGUUCAGCAGCCGAAUCUUGACAUUGGUUUGUUACGAUGACGCUUCAGAAACCACACUAUUUUCAAUCCUCUUCUGCCUUUUAAGUCCAGAAUAAUUUAACCAAAGUUAUUGCAUGCACAGAGAGAAUUCUCGGAGAAAUAAGGCACCCACCCAGCAGCUACAGCAAUUAAUGGCUUCAGAUCUUUUUAUUAAAUAUGCAACAAAACUCUA